AUGCUUUAUAAGUCACCCCCUACUGGAGUGAAGAUCAUCCAGAGGUUGAGACAUAUGGAGGACAAAGUAAAGAAGGCCAAGGAGAUCCAGGAGGAGUUCGGUGCUGAGAAGAAGGCCAAGGGGGCUAGGAAGCGAGACGCCGAGUUUGACAACGAUGACGAAAGCGAGACGAAGAAGAUCAAGAAGGAGACCGAAAUAGCUCAGGUCAUUUCUCUUCUAGAUGAGGCCAUCGAAGAGUGCUGCGCUCAACCACAGACUGGUCAAGGACAACUUGCAGUGGAAUUCCAGACUGAAGCCUUGCCCUUUGUCCGUGGUCUCAGGGCAUCUGCACCUAAGGUCAUCAAGAGAACUUUCGGCUAA